GGGGGCGCGUCGAAAUGUUCAGCGUUCAGGGUGCCAUGUAACGGAAAAAUUGGAAAAAAAAAAAAAAAAAAAAAUCACCAAAAAGGAAGGUGCGAGAAAUUGCGCGGAAAAAAAAAGAAAACGCAAAAGGUGACACCCCGAAAGAGCAAAAUAACGCAAUGUGAUGAGAAAAGAAAAGAGCGCGAUCCAAAAGGGGGGAGCGGAUGCACAAACGGAUAGUUGCGCUUCAAAACGGAUAGUUCCACCCAAAACAGAUAGUUGCGCUUCCAAACUGAUAGCUCCACCCCAAAACUUCUCAUGCGAAGGGGAGAAACUGACGCAGCCUUAGCUUUAUAGCAGCCCAAAAAGAAGGCGAGCAAAUGCCGCACGAAACACUCGAGAGGGUGUAAAGCAACAAAUUGGCACAAUGGAGAAGAAGCUGGAGAAGGGAAUCGCCAUCAUUCGAAACCUGGCGCAGAAAUACAAAAAGACCAUUCUGCAGCGGUUAAACCCCAAGACGCAGAAAAGCAUCAACAAAAAAAAAAAAAAAAAAAAAAAACAAACAAACACAUUUAAAAACUUGCAAAGGAAACAAAAUGGUGACAGAAAGGGAAAGGAAGAAAAAAUGAAAAAGCUAAACAAUUAUCUGAUUAACCAGGAAAACGAAUUGGAUUUCCAAGAAAACUACUCCCUCUUUAACAAAUUUAAUGCUAUUUCGGAUGACCUUUUUUACAACCCCCAAGAUGAUAAAAUGGCAACCCACUUAAUAAGCAAAAAGGUAGAAGGAAAAAAUGGUGAAAGUAAGGACACCCCGGGGAAGGCUAACUAUAUCGAUUCCUUGAAUUCUCUCAAAUUUAAAAUUAAACAGGAAAUUCAAGAAAACAACGAUUUGCUUUUUCUGCAAAGGCGGAAGAAGCUAAGACAGAGCAGUAAGGAACGGCUGGAGGGGAACUCCAGCUGGGGGUCAAACAGAAUAGCUACCCCAGGGAAUCACCCCAAGAGGGCCCUUAAAAAGUCAAGCGGUUCGAAUAACGAUAACGAACAGAUAGAUGAGGGAAGCACCAAAAUGAAGAAAAGGAGAAACGGAUGUGAGGCCGAAAGAUGUGUUACUGCCAAGUGCGAACAAACCUGUAGCGAUUUCCCCCCACUUGGUGUGGGAGGAAAGGACAAGGGAGAAAACCCACCUCCCCUUCCUGUUAAUUCUGGACAAAUAAUCGACGACGCAUUUUUCCAAAAAGACGAAUUACUCGCAGAAGGGGAAAGUAACACCUUAGUGUUCGGGAAAAGCAAAUUUGAAAGCAUUAACAAAAUUGUGGAAGUUUCCAGGAAGGAAAAGGAGAGGGGUAAAAAUGGAAGGAUGGGCGAAGCUGAGGAGGUUUUGUCUGCCCAAUUUAUCCAGCAGAGCCGAAAGGAACACCCCAUUUUGAGCCAACUGGGGGAAUCCUGCGUGGAUGAUUUUUUUAAAGAAGAUGAAAGUGAUCAAGACAAUAUGGUGACGUCAGAGCAGAAUGACUGUGGUAUUCUAGAAAGCGGCGGAAGUCGUCUUCGAACGGCUAGCCCGGACGACCUUGGCCACCUCACAGAAAGCGCGCAAGGGGGAAAAGCAGGCGGGAAAAAUGUAGCCGCCCCAAGUGAUGCAAACUCAGAGUUGGACUUUUUCCUCAAUGGAGCGACGCCCUUAAAGGAGGACAACUGUUUUGAUUUGUUCUUUAACGAACCCAUGGCAACUCCAACGAUAUUUCAGGGGAGAAGGCACUAGUUUGGGGAACGUACUUGCGCGUUAUUCGCCCUUUUAAUGAUCCGUUUGUUGGCCCCAUUUUAAUGCUCCAUUUGUUGGCCCUUUUUUAAUCCCCUUUUUUUGGCCCCAUUUUAAUACCCUUUUUUUGUUUUCCCCUUUAAACUGCGCAAUGCGAACGCCAAUUUUGUACCUACGGGUUUCUCUAACGUAAGGCAUUUGUUUG